GUGUUUCUAUUAUUUUUAGAAUCGCUUUGCAUGAAUGAUGGCCCCAAGUGCCUGUCCAAUUCUUGCCAGAAGGACUCUGAGUGCCACGCUGCUGCCACGGCCACUAGUUGCCACUGUCUGGACUCAUCGGCGGACAUUUCUGCAGAAGAUUGUAUUAAAGAAACAUAUGAUCCUUGCUCUUCUGUCCCUUGCCUUCACAAUGCUACUUGUGCAAGUGUUCCUGGAAACCUCAACUUUACUUGUGAUUGUCCCAUGGGGUACACUGGCACUGUUUGUGAAACUGCCACUAGCUUGUGUGACUCGAAUUUCUGUAGGCACGGAGGCACCUGCCAGGAUGAACCUGGUGGUUUCACUUGCCUCUGUGCUGAAGGCUUCACAGGUACACACUGCGAAAUUGACAUUGACGAAUGCCUUUCCAAUCCUUGCCUCAAUGGAGCUUUGUGCAGAGGCAAGAUCGGGGGAUACUCCUGCUACUGUGUCCCAGGUUACCAAGGGAAAUACUGUGAACGGGAGGUGAAUGAAUGUGCUUCUGAACCUUGCCUGAAUGGUGCCACUUGUUUGAACCUCAUAGGGAAGUAUUAUUGUCACUGUGUUAUCAAAUAUAUCAACUGUGAACUAGAAAUCAUUGAAUGUUUGUCAGAGCCUUGUCUGAAUGAUGGAGCCUGUCUAGGUGGCUGUUUUUGUUACUCCCCACUUGGCUUCCUUGGUGAUCACUGUGCCAUCAACAAUGAUGAAUGUGCAAGUCAACCAUGCCUCAAUGGGGGGCAGUGCAUAGAUUCUAUCAAUCGGUAUAUAGGCUCUCACUGUGAAAUAGACAUCAAUGAAUGUCGCAGUAAUCCAUGCCUCUGCAGGAGUGAGUGCGUGGAAUUGUCAUGGCUAAAUUGGUAUGGAAAAAUUCCAGAAUUGCCCUCAGUCUUCAUCUAUCAUAAAGCAUCAGGUUAUAUGUGCAAUUGUCCUUCUGGAUUCACAGGCAUUCACUGUGAAGAUGACAUCAACGAAUGUCACAUGAAUCCUUGUCAGAAUGGAGGGAUCUGUGAAAAUUCUCUUGGAAGUUACACCUGCCAUUGUCUCACUGGAGAGAAAGAUGGGAUUUUUUAUGGUGGUCAGAACUGUACAGAAAUCCUCUUUGGUUGUGUUCAACAUACAUGUCAGAAUGGGGGAUUGUGUAUUCCUCAUUUAAGAAAUGGACAACAUAGAUUUAACUGCAUAUGUUCAGCUGGCUACACAGGAGUUCACUGUGAAACCACAACGACAUUGUCUUUUCAGGGAAAUGGGUAUCUUCAGGUAAACAGCAUUGCAGCCUCCUCUGAGGACUAUUUUUAUAACAUAAACCUUAGUUUUUUGACUGUUCAGCCAACAACUUUGAUAUUUUACCGAGGGGACAAAGACACAUUUGUGAAGCUGGAGUUACAGAAUGGCUGUUUAUACUUAUCCAUGCAAGUCAACAAUCAACUGAAGGCCCUUUUACAUGUAGCCUAUAAUGUCAAUGAUGGUGAAUGGCAUUCAGUGGAGGUUACCAUAGUCAGAGAAGUAACACUGAAGUUACACAAGAGCUCUUGCACAGAAUCAUGUCUUAGUCAGACUGCUGCCAUAGUAGAUAGCAGACAGGCGGUGAUUGCUUUUCGAAAUGUAUUUUUGGGUGGCUUGCCAGUAGGGAAUAAUGGCUCUCUACUAAAUAUCUACAGGACACAUUCUGCACCUUCGUUUGUAGGCUGCCUUCAGGACGUAGAAGUGGAUUACAGGAUUAUUAUCCCAGAGAAUUUAUCAUCUGACACAUUUUUAAAUGUCAAAUCAGGCUGUGUUAAAAAAGAUUGGUGUGAGUACCAGCCUUGUCAAAAUAAGGGGCGUUGCAACAACUUAUGGCUGAACUAUCAAUGUGAUUGCUACCGGCCUUAUGCUGGGCCAAACUGUGCUACAGAAUACAUUCCAGGAAGAUUUGGUCAUGAGGAAACCACUGGAUAUGCUGCUUUUUCCCUAAAAGAAAGUCUUGAAAAUGCCACAAUAUCAAUGUUUGUGCGAACACGCAAGUCUUUUGGCUUCUUAUUGGGUCUAGAAAGAAACACCUCCCUAUUUCUCAAGGUCUGGCUAGAAGACGGGAAACUUGCAAUGUCAGGUCCGCACUCCAACAAAUUCCUAAGUAUGCAGAUUAUGAACGAUGGAAAUUUCUAUUUCAUUUCUUUAAAAAUGGGACCAAACACGAUGGACUUGUUCCAAGCAUCAAAAAAGUUGGGCUCUGUUUCUACACCCUUAAGUAAAAUAUACAGAAGGGAUAUUCUCUACAUUGGUGGAUUACCAGACAAGCAAGAAACCAUUCUAAAUGGUGGCUUUUUCAAAGGCUGCAUCCAAGAUUUAAGACUCGGCAACCACCCACUUGAAUUUUACCCGGUCACUGCUUCGCUGAAUUCUGUCAGCAGCAAGAGCACCCUGUUCAAUGUAGUUGCAGGAUGCAUUGGAGAUGACCUCUGCAAGUCCGCUCCAUGCCAGAAUGGUGGUGUUUGCUAUUCAAUCUGGGAUGACUUCACUUGUACUUGUCCACCAAAUAUGGCCGGGAAAGGUUGUGAAGAAGUGAAAUGGUGUGACCUCAGUCCUUGCCCUCCUGAAGCCCAAUGCUUGCCGGUAUAUCAAGGAUUUGAAUGUAUCUCCAAUGCCAUUUUUAAUGGCGGAAGCAGUGCCAUUUUUUAUAGAAGCAAUGGAAAGAUCAGGAGAGACCUCACUAAUAUAACCUUUGGUUUUCGGACUCGAGACUCAGAUGUGAUACUACUUUAUGCCGAGAAGGAGCCAGAGUUCUUCUCUGUCAGUAUUCAGGAUACCAAAUUGUUGUUUCAGCUGCAAAGUGGUAAUAGUUUUUUUAUAUUGAGCCUGGCUAGUUCCCUAUCGGUGAAUGAUGGGAAGUGGCACAAGGUUACCUACUCUAUGAUAGAGCCACUGUCUCAGUCAUCAAGAUGGUGUAUUGACAUAAAUGAUGAGAGAGACCAUGCUACAAGUACUGUUGCCACUGGAAACCUUAACUUCCUAAGAGAAGGCACAGAUGUCUAUCUGGCUGACAAAGCUUUUGAUAAAAAAGAUGGACUGAGAGGGUGCAUGAGCACUGUGGAGAUUGGCGGAAUUCAUCUCUCUUAUUUCGACAAUACUAAAAAACCACAAGAAGAGCAGUUUCUCAAGAUCUCUGCCAAUUCAGUUGUCACCGGUUGCCUUAAGCUGGAUGCCUGCCACUCAACUCCUUGCUUGAAUGGUGGGCGGUGUGAAGAUUUUUACAGCUAUUUUCGCUGCGCAUGUGCCAAGGGAUGGACUGGAUCUCGGUGUGAACUCAAUGUUGAUGAAUGCUCCUCAAACCCUUGUCUCCAUGGAAAUUGCAGUGAUGGGAUAUCAGCUUACAAGUGUGUAUGCGAUCCUGGAUACAGAGGAAUGAGGUGUGAAGAAGACAUUGAUGACUGUUUUGGACAUCUCUGUGGAAAUGGCGCCACGUGUGUAGAUGGCAUUAAUGAUUAUUCAUGCCUCUGCACUGGGAAUUUCAGUGGAAGAUUUUGCAGGCACAUACGAAUGCCUUCAACACUGUGUGGGAAUGAGAACAGAAAUAUCACCUGUUACAAUUAUGGCAACUGUACUGAGUUUGAAGGACGCUUAGAGUGCAUGUGCCUCGCAGGCUUUGCAGGGUCACAAUGUGAAGUGGACAUCAAUGAAUGCAACUCUAAUCCAUGCCUCAAUGGGGGCCUCUGCCAGAACCAGUUCAACAAAUUUUACUGUAUCUGUGAUGUGAAUUAUGCUGGUGAUCGCUGUGAAAUAGAUCUGACAGCUGCUCUGUCCUUCAAUAUAUUCACUACCAUUGGCUCAAUGACCUUGGCCUUGUUACUGAUCUUUCUUCUGGUAGUCAUAAUUUCCAUCAUAACUGCCAAUAAACGUGCCACCCAAGGGACUUACAGCCCCAGUCGCCAAGAGAAAGAGGGAUCCCGAGUUGAAAUGUGGAACAUGGUGCAACCUCCUCCCUUGGAAAGACUGAUCUAA